AUGGACAAAACGGCCUCUUCUGCGCCGGUUUGCACAUCUUAUCGACCGCAACACCCUGAUCAAGCUUUCCAAGACAGCCUGAGCCGCUACCUUGCCAAAUACAAAUCUCGCCUGACGAGAGAUGAAGAGAAAGAGUUGGAGAACACGAAAUUAAGUGACGUGAAGAGACAAAUACUUCAAAUACAAGACCAGCAAGGCAAAGAACGAAAGGCCAUCAACUUGACCCGCAUGGACAAAUUUAUCAAGGCAAUGGACGAAUGGGAAAAUGUGGUCUCCAUUUUCGCAGACAGCACCGUCUUUGUGGCCUUCGUUUGGGGCCUUGUUAAAGCUUUGCUCCGGGCAGCAAGCACUUUCAGCGACUCUUUCGAAAAUCUACUCGAUGCUUAUGAGCAGCUCGGACUGCGCCUUCCGUCCCUCGAACCAUACCGAGAGUUGUUUGCCGAAAAUGCGGAGAUGAGGAACGCUCUAGGGUUGAUGUACUCCGAUAUUGCGGAGUUUCAUCUCAAAGCACUACGGUUUUUCUCGGGUUCCGGAUGGAAGAAGUCUUUCACUUCGCUCUGGAAAGAUUUCGGCACGAAAUUUGGAGGUACUCUCAGGGCUCUGGAUCAACACCGAAGCCUCAUCGAGGAGCUGGCCCGGCAGUACCAAUUCAAUCAAUACCAGCUCGAUCGCAAGCAACUUUUUGAAGUUGUGCAGAGCUAUGAAAACCUUCGAGAGAAAUUAAUGGCCGACAUCGACAGCCGCGUCGAGCAGGAGCACUCCAGGAAACUCGACGAUACGCAAGCUUUGCUUAAUGCGGCAAGUCCUCAUUCCGAGCACGAAAGAGCUUGCAGAAGAAGGGGCUACGAUCAACAUAGUGGGCGAUGGCUAUUGGAGAAAGCACAGAUCAAAUCUUGGAAAGACGAUGAGAUCCCUGAAUCAUCCGCACUGUGGCUCAAUGGCAUGCCAGGGGCAGGAAAGACAGUCCUUGCCUCACUCAUGGUAGAGGAAUGUCGGAAACAGAUCAGAUCGAAAGUCCUGUACUUCUAUUGUGUUGAGAAGGACUCGACCAAAAACACAUACAUAUCUGUUGCAAAGUCCUUGAUUAGCCAAGCCAUUGGUGAGUCUAGCGAGGUUCUUCUGCCGCAUUGCUACGAUCGUUUGAAGAAGCACGCCGCAAAGAUUUCACAGUCAAACACCGAUGCGGCUACUUUGCUUGAGUUCGUUCUACAAAGGGCCACGCAGCAGGAGGAGAUUCUCGACCAACAGUCAAUAUCCACCAGAUAUUAUGUCGUGAUAGACGGUUUAGACGAAUGCGAGUCGGAUGAAUGGCAGAGGAUUGUUGAGUCCAUGCGCCAGUUGAUCCAAUCGCUAGAAAAGACCCAUUAUUAUGGGAGGUUGCGGGUCUUGCUUGUUAGCCAGCACACGAACCAAAUUGAGUCAGCCCUCAAAGGGGUAGCUUCGCUUUCAAUUAUCCCUGGAGACAACGCAGAUGAUAUCAAAGGUUACGCGGAGCAGAGAGUCAACGCGAUACAGCAGAAAUUCAAUCUCAAAGACGAAGAGAGGGCAGGCAUAGUUGCAGAGACUUGCGACGGAGCUCACGGAAUGUUUUUGUAUGCCCGAUUGGUUAUGGAUAAUCUCCUCAACCAAAGGACUAAGAUCCUCUUCUACGAGGAGCUUGCACAAAAGUUCCCGAAGGGUCUGGCAGAAGCUUACGAAAGGAUAUUAACACGCAUAAGACGAGACUCGAGCGCGAAACUUGGCUUGGGAGGAUGGGAAGAGAUCCGCACCCUCCUUGGGUGGCUGGUAUGCGCUCGAAGAUUGUUGACAUGGCAGGAAAUCCAAUGCGCAUGUUCCAUAGAUCCGGACAAAUCCACCAUCGAUUUCGAAGGCCGACAGCUUCGUAAUCAUAUCCGUGAUGACUGCGGUUCGUUGAUUGAGGCUUCUUCGGAUCAAUUUGUUCGGCUCGUGCAUGGCACUACAAGCAGAUACCUCGUGGUGACCGGUUUCGUCAACGAGCUGGUUGCGGAGACCAGUCUGACCACUAAGUGCUUUCAAUAUCUGGUACUUCCGUGCUUCACCCAGGGUCUUUCUCCGCAAGGAGUCCUGCACGUCGCGCUCCUGGGCCAUUACAUAUUUCAGGACUACGCAGUAGGCAAAUGGUCGGGUCAUUUCACAGAAUUGCUCAGGAAGGCCACUGCCGCCAAAGAGCAAGAACAUGGACUCCCUUCGACUUAUCGGGCAGAACUAUCGAAUCAAGCCCUACUGGAUGACGCGCUGGCCCAGUUCCGAGACGCCCUAGACAAUUUCACCAAAACCUAUCAGGACGCCUUCACGGACACUUCCGAAGAGCAGGUGACAUUGGGCGCCUGGAAUCAACUUGCUUUCAAGGAAGACACGGAAGACUUUCACAUGAGUCUCUGCGCAAUUCAAGCCCAUAUCCAGCAACACCUUAGAAAGGCAUUUGAGAUCCGAAACAAAAUCAGCAUUGAAGCUUUGGCGACAGCCUUUGACCGCAACCGAUCUUUCCUGGAAGAUCCGGCUCAAGACCCGUUCAAAAUAAAGCUGAAGGCCCACGAGGAAAAAACUCUCAAAGAUACAUAUGGCGAGCAGCGCUAUAAAUGCCCCAGGCUCGACUGCGACAGCUUUUACAUGGGAAACAUGUGGAUCGGCACGAACGUCCAUUCCGUUGCGACGUGCCAGAAUGUCCUGGAGAGCUCGGCUUUACAUCCAGCCAUGAUCUGCAGAAGCAUAAAAGAACGGCUCACUCGAACACAGGUGAGGGAAUAG